UGAAUGAUUCAGGAAGUUUAAUACGCUAUGUGGAAAAAGCCAAUGGGAAAAUUAGUCGACAACCUCACUCGUCUAGGUACGAAGAUCCUGAUUAUCUGCCAAUUUUAGGUGGAAUGCUCGAUGACUGUAAACAUGUAAUAGGUGUGAAGUUUCUGCAUUUACACCAUUUGUAAUUUACAAACGGAUUUAUAAAACGUAAAUACAGGAGAUGAUAUAUUUACUGAAGAAAAAUGGCAGGCUUUAUUAACAGAAAGGAGACGUUUGGAAGUUAUGUCGAGAUUGAGCAAAUAGGUAGAGGAACAUUUGGAAAAGUGUACCUUGUGAAAAAAGCGGAUGAUACGAGUCGGGACGACUCUCGAGUACAGAAGUUUGCCUUAAAGAAGAUACAUUUUCCGACCAGCAAUCGGAAGAGAGAAGAGGAACUCGUGCAACGUGAAGAGGACAUCCUCAAAGCUGUAAAACAUCGUAACUUGGUACGGUAUGUCGACUCCUUCCGGGAGAAAGACAACGUCUAUAUGGUCAUGGAGUACUGCGACGGUGGAACACUGCAUUCAUACAUCCGUGAACUGAAGGAAGGAAUGCCGGAAGAUAUGUUCUCAUGUUUUAUGGAGCAGAUUGCAACUGGACUAAAGUAUCUUCAUAAAAAGAACAUAAUGCAUCGAGACAUCAAAACCAAAAACAUCAUGCUAUCCAAAGGAAACGUUUUAAAGAUAUGUGAUUUUGGGAUCGCGAAAUUCAAUACUGCCUACAACUCGGUUUGGAUGGGUACCCCACGUUAUAUGAGUCCGGAAAUAGUGAGAAAUGAACCAUACGAAUUUAAGACAGAUAUAUGGAGCCUUGGAUGCACAGCCUACGAGAUGGCGGUAUCAGAAUACGCGUUCACGGCGAAAACUCUCGAUAAAAUCUUCGAUGACAUACGUACAAAUAAGGUUCCAGAUAUGUCUAAAAUUGUUUACUGUGAGGAUAUCAAGACACUAAUAAAACAGAUGCUGGAAGUCUCGCAAGAAAGGAGACCCAGUGCUAAGGAUGUACUGAAAAGUAUUUCUGAGCACGAGUGUACAAUACCGAUAUCGUCCCAAGCCAAGGGGACUCGGAGGCCAGUCACAGGGAGAGGUGUGGAGAGUGAACAGUCGACUCCAGACUAUACACUUGAUGCCACCUGUACAGCAGGGGACUCUGGAUUGGGCGUCAGCUCAAAAGUAAAGGGUUCCUGUAUAAAAGCCAAGAAGCAUCUAGAGCGUGCCUCUACCGAGUUCCAAUCGAUGCUGGUCGAAAUCAUCCAUUCUCGUCAAGGGGUAGACAUUGUAAAGGAUAUCAAAUCAGAUCUAUCGUUAGAAAAAGCUGAGGGAAUAUUGAAGAGGAGUGGCAAUAGCCGAGUUAACAAGAAAUUCCGUGAUAUUAUGCAGAUAGUGGAAUCGCUGUACAAUGUUGAAAAAGAAAUCAACCGUCUUGAUGAUCUGGAUGCUACAUUUUCGUCUUUGGAGUCUCAAACCUUCUCAACAUGUCCAACUUCAAGUUCACGAACUCGAUCUAGGUACAAUACUGAGUGAUCCGUGUUAUUGUCACAUUGAGACAUAAACUAAAGACUUGAUUACCAAAACUCUUGAAUGGUUUACAAUUUCAUACAACAUUAUUGUAUGAUGACAUUGUAUGAGAUUGGUACCAUUAUAUCAUCCUUUGUUGACAUAACAAUGCCUUUCAUCCGUCCAGUGUCAUCAGUAUUGUCCUUUGCUGAUAUAACCGUGUAUUGUUACAUACAGUGUCACUAUUAUUAUUCUAUUGUCAUCAGUAUAGUCCUAUUUUGAUAUACAGAUGCCUUGUUCAGAUCCAUUGGCAUCAUUAUGGUCAUAUGUUCAUUUUUACAUCCAUUGUCAUUAUUAUCGUCCUCUGUUGAUACAACAAUAGCUUAUUUACACCCAUUGUCCAUACCAUCGUCCUCUGUUGAUACAACAAUACCCUGUUUACACCCAUUGUUCCAUUGUCAAUGUGGUCGUCCUCUGUUGAUACAACAAUAGCUUAUUUACACCCAUUGUCCAUACCAUCGUUCUCUGUUGAUACAACAAUACCCUGUUUACACCCAUUGUUCCAUUGUCAAUGUGGUCGUCCUCUGUUGAUGCAAUACCUUGUUUACACCCAUUGUCAAUGUUAUCGUCCCCUGUUGACAUAACGCUAUCUUUAAUCCGUCCAUCAUCAUCAUUAUUGUCAUGUGGUGAUUCCUUGUUUCUGCCAAAUGCCAUGAUUUUUCAACCAAAUGACAAUAUAAGAUUUGCUGUCAUCUCUUUUGAGUUUUUUUUUUUUACUUUCCCGUCCGUUAAUAAUUAUACUACGAAACACAUAUCGUGAUAGUGUAGUCCUUCGUGUAUCAUGCAUUGUUAUACUCCACUGUGUUAUGUAAGGCCAUGUGUAUUGUUCUGAAAUGCCAGGUGCUUGUUGUAUAUAACACAAUAAUCGGUCAGUACACGCGUAUACUGAAUAGCGCCAUUUAAUUGGAUAGGUCAUGUACAUACUGUACACGUCAUAGUGCAUUUAGAUUGUUUAUAAUAGUUACUAUCAAUCACUGAAAAUUAGCUUUUUGAAGCAAAUAACUAUGAAACAACACUGCAUAUUAACACUUUACAGCACACAACUCAGCGAAUAGCACAUUAGUUUGUCGUGGAAAUGUAAAACAUGGACAUAUCUGUUAUACAAAUAUCACUGCGAAGAAGUAUUAGGCUAUGUAGCGCAUUAUUCCUAAAGGCACAGCCCAUUGCUCCUGUUUAUCGAAAUGAGUUUCACUGUUGUGUUACCCCUAGAUUAUUCAUUGAAAAUGAUUUGUUUUGUUAUCUGAGUCCUAUAUUUGACAGGCGAAACACGUAAAUUUGUGUCCCUUUACUAAUCAUGUAAUUAUAUGAUUUCUAUUCCUUGUAUCAUACCAGCAUGACCGUGAUCUGACAGUUAAAACAGAUGACGUAAUCACAAAUGUGAUAUAAAUAGUUAAUAGAAAUUCGUCUUAUAUUUAACGAGAAAUGCACUGGAACGUCGUACACCACAACGUUUUUACUUUCCUUGUCUGUGAUUUCAUAUCUCAUUUUGUCGAAACGGGUCCAUAUUUACAUCUGUGAUAGAUUUUUCAUUUGAUGGGUAUUAGGUCGCUUAUUUACGGUAAAUUAAAUUACUCCUCUUUUGUAUGUUUUCUCUUGUGUCUAAAUGUGCUUAUUUCAACUAUAAUGUACACAUGUUAUCUCUUGUGUCUAAUUGUGCUUAUUUCAACUGUAAUGUACAUAUGUGUUCUUGGUGUCUAAUUGUGCUUAUUUCAACUGUAAUGUACAUAUGUUUUCUCUUGUGUCUAAUUGUGAUCAUUUCAACUGUAAUGUACAUAUGUGUUCUUGGUGUCUAAUUGUGAUUAUUUCAACUGUAAUGUACAUAUGUUUUCUCUUGUGUCUAAAUGUGAUUAUUUCAACUGUAAUGUACAUAUGUGUUUCUGGUGUCUUAUUGUGAUUAUUUCAACUGUAAUGUACAUAUGCUUAAUUUAGAAGCCAGUACACUUUUUCAACUUCUAGUCUAUACAGUAAAUUGAAUAUAGCUUUUAUCACAAGCAUAGAGAUACCUUUUUGUUACACAAUGAGGUACUGACAUUAAAAUUUAUAAUGAAAACACAA